UGGGGCCUGGCUGGACUCCCUCAGCUGCGGGCGGGCGCGGGGGCCCUUGGGGCGUGGGGGCGCGUUCCCCCGCCGCGAGCAGGCUGCAGUAAGGCCUGAUAAAUUAACUGAAAACAACACCACGGUGGAGGUUGCAGCACUGUGUGCCUUUCUAGAAGAUGACCAUAGAGGAUCUCCCAGAACCUUCCUUAGAAGGAGAUUCCCUCAUUGAAAGAGAUCGGUUCUUAUUCUCAAGCUCUGAAACAUCUGUUAGUUUUUCUGUUGCUGCAGCACCAAUGCCUUCAGACUGUGAGUUUUCCUUCUUUGAUCCCAAUGAUGCAGCAUGCCAAGAAAUACUUUUCAACCCCAAAACAUCAGUUUCUGAAUUGUUUGCUAUCCUAAGGCAGUGGGUUCCACAGGUUCAGCAGAAUAUUGAUAUUAUUGGGAAUGAGAUCAUUAAAAAGGGUUGCAAUGUGAAUGACAGAGAUGGACUGACUGAUAUGACUCUCUUGCAUUACACUUGCAAAUCAGGUGCUCAUGGUAUUGGUGAUGUUGAAACUGCUGUAAAAUUUGCAAAGCAGCUUAUUGAUUUGGGUGCUGAUAGCAGUUUACGCAGCCGCUGGACAAAUAUGAAUGCCUUGCAUUAUGCUGCCUACUUUGAUGUUCCAGAACUUAUUAGUGUUAUUUUGAAAAAUGCAAAGCCAAAAGAUGUGGAUGCCACCUGUAGUGAUUUUGAUUUUGGAACAGCUUUGCAUAUUGCUGCAUUCAACCUAUGUACAGGAGCUGUCAAGUGUUUACUGGAACACGGAGCCAAUCCUGCCUUUAGGAACGACAAAGGCCAGAUUCCAGCAGAUGUGGUUCCUGAUCCAGUAGAUAUGCCACUGGAAAUGGCAGAUGCAGCAGCCAGUGCGAAAGAAAUCAAGCAGAUGUUGGUGGAUGCAGUGCCUCUUUCAUGUGACAUCUCAAAAGCCAUGAUCCCAAACUAUGAUCAUGUUACAGGCAAGGCCAUGCUUUUGUCACUUGGCCUGAAACUGGGAGACCGUGUUGUUAUUGCAGGACACAAGGUUGGUACAUUAAGAUUUUGUGGCACUACAGAAUUUGCCAGUGGCCAGUGGGCUGGCAUAGAGCUAGAUGAACCAGAAGGAAAGAACAAUGGAAGUGUUGGAAAAGUGCAGUACUUCAAGUGCGCACCAAAACGCGGUAUCUUUGCACCUCUUUCUAAAAUAAGCAAGGCUUCUAGUCACAAAAAAAGCUCUGGACGAAAUUCUCCCAUGUGGUCUUCAUCAUUGGUCAAAUCCAAGAAAUUAGAUGCGACACACAUAACUUCCAAAGUGAGUUCUGGCCUAAAUAUGGCAAAAAAAGAUAGUGCCUCUGAAACCAACUAUAUGGCUGAUAAAAGGGGAAAAACUGGACCUGCAAAAGAUGGUUUUCCUGUGUACAGCAGCUCUUCCUCUUCUACUACUUCCUUGGAAGGCAAACAGAAUUACUGCAAGAAGCAGAACUCCACUAACAGCAAUAAAAAGGCAGUGACUAGAGUGUCUAUUGCCUCAUCUAGAAUUAGUGCCGGGUUGCAUAGUUCUCCGUCCACAAGGAAAAAUCCUUUUAAUGAAGGAGAAAUUCAAAUUGGAGACAGAGUGCUGGUGGUAGGACAGAGAACAGGCACUGUUAGAUUUUUUGGGACAACAAAAUUUGCACCAGGAUUCUGGUGCGGAAUUGAAUUGGACAAGGCUCACGGGAAAAAUGAUGGUUCUGUGGGAGGUGUGCAGUACUUCAUUUGUCUUCCCAGAUAUGGUAUAUUUGCACCACCGUCUCGUGUACAGAGACUAACAGGUUCUCUGGAUUCUCUCACAGAGAUUUCAUCGAGUAAAGUAAAUCACACUUUUCCAGGUUUUCAACGCAGUCUGAGCACCACUUCUGCAUCGUCACAAAAGGAGAUAAACAGAAGAAAAUCCUUUGUUAGAUCCAAGAGCUCUGUGUUACAGCGCAGCUGGAGUAAUACAACUGCAGCUAGCACUGAGGGGCCAGUGAAGCUCCGUGAAGGCUCUCAGGUUCUUCUGACCAGCUCCAAUGAAAUGGGGACAAUCAGGUAUAUUGGUCCUGCAGACUUUGCACCAGGAAUAUGGCUGGGACUUGAACUCAGAAGUGCCAAAGGAAAGAAUGAUGGCUCUGUGGGGGAAAAGCGCUAUUUCACCUGUAAGCCAAACCAUGGGGUCUUGGUUCGACCCAGCAGAGUGACCUAUCGUGGGAUUAAUGGGAUAAAGCUUGUAGAUGAUAUUUGCUGAGCCAAAAUGAGUUCAUACAAAAGGAUAUAAGUAUUUAAAGCACAGAGGACCCCCAUCUAGAGUGCCAACUUAUUUUUAAAUUAUUAAACUUGCAUUUGCAUUUUACAUAUAAAUGAGUAUAUAUGUGUGUGUAUAUAUAAUAUAUAUUUUAAUAUAUAUUGAAAAAAUAUAUAGAUUAAAAUAUGUUCAAUUGUAUUAAGAAGUGAAAGCACUGUCCUGUUUCUCAACAUGAAACAGGCGUUGCCUGGGAAGGUUAUUCCAGAAUCAUCUUGUGUUUGAGAUGCUGUAUUAGGUGAGUAAUUUUCCAGUUAGAGAAUGUGAGUAUCUUCAUCAUUCUCUAAAGUUGCUUUGUGACUCAUGCAGUAUUUAAGUAAUUUUUCUCCCUGUAGUAAUGAACUGAUAAUGCUUUGCACAUUGUCUGCUUUUGACAGAGGAGGUGGUUAAUGGACAUUAGUCUGUUUUUUUUUUCAAGCAGUUGUGAAGUAUUUUUAAGUUGAGCAUUCAGAUCCUUCCUUUCCCCCUCUUUUUCUCCGCUCCAGAACACAAAAGGACUGAUAAAUAUAAGUAUUUUUGGCUAUCCUAGUGAACAGCAGCAAUUCAAUCAGAAGCCUUUAAAAAGCACAAAUAUGCUGCAUGUCAGUCAGUAUAGUCAGAAGCACUUUUUGUUGUAUGCAUUUGUAGAGUACAGUAUUGUAAUACACCUCGAUGUGACCAUAUUUGCAUAUUAGCCUUUUUAAAAAGUUAGUAUUUUCUCCAUGUUCUCAACAUAAUGUAUUUUAGUUCCUCAGCAUGUGUAAGCAUUAUUUUAUCAGGAAGGUUUUGUGUUCCAGAACAGUAAUUUUAUUCUUAAACUAUCUGCUUGUUCUUACCUACUUAAAGAAGUAACACUUCAAAAUUACAUAAUAAUAUCAAAUUUUUUGACAGAAUUUUGCUGCUGUUACCUUCUUUUAAGUAUUGCUGUACCUAUUUUUCCACAGCUGUAUUUAAAAUAAUGCAUAUUGUCAUCUAACUUAUGGGAAUUUUUAAUUGAAUAUAAAAGUUGUACAUUUUGAAUGUAAAAUAAUCAAUGCUUUAUAUUUGAAGAUGCAGAUAUUCAGUGAUGUACUGAACUCUAGUUUGUUCAAUAUCCCUUUCCUGCUGGUAUUAGUAAAAUGAAACCUUGGUGAAUA